CUACAUACACACGCGCCGCAGCCUACACGUGAAGCGGACGUUUGUGCGUUUCCUAGCAGUGAAAAACAAACCAUUUAAUUUGAGCUUUUGUUGUUUCCAAAUCCUCAGCAAAAGGAAAAUACUCCUCCGUGAAGCAUUUCGCCGAGAGGGACGACAUACCAAGAACAUUUCACAAUGAGUGAAGCCCCAGUGAACCCCAAGGCCUACCCGCUGGCCGACGCCACACUCACCAAAACCAUCCUGGACUUGGUGCAGCAAGCCUCCAACUACAAGCAGCUGAGGAAGGGGGCCAACGAAGCCACCAAGACCCUGAACAGAGGAAUAGCAGAAUUCAUCGUGAUGGCUGCUGAUGCUGAACCAUUGGAGAUAAUCCUCCACCUUCCAUUGCUCUGCGAGGACAAAAACGUCCCGUAUGUGUUUGUCCGUUCCAAACAGGCUCUGGGCCGUGCCUGCGGGGUGUCGCGACCCGUCAUUGCUACCUCGGUCACCAUCAAGGAGGGUUCUCAGCUUAAACCCCAAAUCCAGACAGUCCAAAUGGCAAUCGAGAGACUGCUCGUGUAAAGUUUUUGUUCAACUGUUCAUAAACAAAAGGAUGUUGCGACUCUCACCUAAGAUAUAAUCAGCUGGUGAAGCAUGUGAGAAUUUUUUUUCUGUUAGGUAUGUUUGUCGUGGCAUUGCCUGAUUCAUAAUAAACUUUUUUUAAAAUAA